AUGUACUUCUUUUGUCUCGCCGCCUCUCUCCCCCCCUCCGCCUCUCCCUUCCCCUUUCCCUUCAUUCCCGUCCCCCCUUCCUCCCCCCCACCACGUCCUCUACUUCAUCCGCCUCCCGGCCUAUCUGUCGUUUACUUCAUCCGCCUGGCUGCUUUUCUGCGCUCUGCGGGACCGCUGGUGGUUUACUUCAUCCGCCUGGCCGCCUAUCUGCGCUCGCUGGGUCCCUUGGUGCUCUGGAUUGUCAUAGAGGCGCCGCUUAAGACAGAGGAGACGGCGGAGCUGCUGAAGCAGCACGCGGGGUCGUGCCUGCCAGCUGGUGACGCCAGCUGUCGGCGAAUCAACUACGUCCACCUGGAGACCCGCCGGGUGGAGACGUCCAAGUGGAACAAGGCAGUGCUGCAGCGCAACACCGCGCUCGACUUCAUUCAGGAGAGGCGCAUUCAAGGCGUCGUUUACUUCAUGGACGAUGACAAUGCGUACCUCCCUCAGCUGUUUCUCGAGUUUCAGAGCAUAAAAAACGUGGGUGUGUUCCCCGUCGGCUUCCUCUACCCGGACGAAUACUCGAGGCGGAACCGGCAUAUACACCACACGCCCAUGGUAGAGAGACCGCUUGUAAAGAGGACGGAGAGCGGGGGCCUGCAGGUGUACGGGUGGGAGACGUUUGAGUGGUUCAUCUCAAAGGCCAGGCGGAAAUUCAACGUUGACAUGGGAGGAUUUGCGUUCCGGUGA